AGAAAUCUCCCUAAAUGCAUUCUGUUCGGACCAAACUCUAAGAAAGGCGCAUUUAAAGAACAAUACGAAAAAUUGCGUUUAACAAAGCAUUCAGGAAGGCUUUUCUGUGUCGGAGUUUUAAACAAUUGCAUCACAGCUCACGUUGAGAUAUAG